GUGUGUGGCUUCAGUAGGUGUCAGCUACCCUGUUGUAAAAGCAGGACAGACAUCCUGAUUAAAGUGUGACAAGUGAUGCCUUGGCACCAUAUGGAUUUGAAUACGUGGGGGCGUGGCAGCAGCUCUGCCACUCGACUUUCGUCUGAUCCCAGAGAAGAGAUCUGAUUGGUCGGCUCGGUUUGCAUUACGAAAGAGCAAAAUGGCGGCGCCCAUGCAUGUCGCGAGUCUCGUUCAGAAGUAGCAAAGAUUGAAAGAAAUGAACGAACCAUUAGUCCGAUUUCUAUAAACAUCAGAUAAUAAAGUUACUUAAUCGAAGCCAGGGUUAAUGGAUAAUGUAGAUUGUUAACUAGUUCACAUUUCAGGGUAGAAGCUUUAAAACUGGGUGACAGUAAGUAAACACGAAUAAGCCUUUCAUUCCAAACACAGUUAUGAUUUUGACACGGCUGCGAUGUGCGAAGGUCCUGCAGCUCACCCUUGCAGUCAUCAAACCGGAUGCCGUCGCUCAACCUCUACUACUGGAGGCACUCCAUCGGAAAAUCCUUGAGAACAACUUCAUCAUUGUCAGAAGAAAAGAUCUCAUCUGGAAAAGGAGUGAUUCAGAGAGGUUUUAUGCAGAGCACAAAGGACGUUUCUUCUACCAGAGACUGGUUGAAUUCAUGUCAAGUGGUCCAAUGAGAGCUUACAUCCUCGCGAAAGAGGAUGCUGUUAGCCACUGGCGGGAGUUGAUGGGUCCCACUAAAGUGUAUCGAGCGCGGUACACAUCUCCAAAGACAAUUCGAGCACAAUACGGCCUCACUGACACCCGGAACACAACUCACGGCUCAGAUUCGUCAGAGUCAGCCGAAAGAGAAAUUGCUUUCUUCUUUCCUGAGUUCAGUGUUCAACACUGGCUAGAGAUGGAGGAGCCACAUUUUAGGAUGGGGCACAUUGAAUACGACGAGCAGAGACAAAUCCAUACAGCACUAAAACACACCUGACCAUUCAACUGCCUUUACCAGAUAUAUAUAUAUAUCAAUCAUAUGUACUGUAUAUAAAGCCUGAAUAUUGUGUUAUAUUAUCUUCAUGUGUGAUUUGUCUUUGUAAAUGAUUGUGUGGCAUCAAGUGCACUUUGAAUUUGAACCUACCGGUAUUAUAGAAUACAUUCUACUGGUCAUUGUUAUUUUUUUCUCUACAUUAGUCAAUAAAGCACAUCCUGUUAAUGUCA